UCAGCUUAUAUGGUCGCGCAUAGCCAAGUGGUUGACGCGUCAUAUUUCGAGUGGAACAAACACCGUUUUCCGUACUGUCACCGGGUGAGAAUAGUUUGCGGCACAUGUGAUUCAUCUCUUUUACAGGACAUGCAGGUCACGAUUCAAGCCUCAAUCAGGACAAAUGAUAUUUCACUUUUUGGAGUACGUAUUCCUUAAAAAAUAAAAACAGGUCUGAAACACAACAAUGGAGAAGGUCUGAAAACGAAAUACAACGAAAGGUGCAAGAUGUGGAAUCGCUCAAGGUUGCACAACAUGAAAUGCAAAUUAGUCCAAAUAAAUAUAUGACGCGUCACAGGAGGAUUCAGAAGCAACAUGUUGCCGUCUUAAGUUUUAAUGUCGCCUGUUGUGCCUCGUAGCUCGCUAUAAUAAUAACCAGCGGCAAACAAGUGAUUUAUGAAGCCCUCUUGUCAAGCAAUGUCACAGGUAAAGAGACACGCCACCGUCCCGCCACUGACAUUAACAGACGGGCUGCUUUGGACUGAAAACUGUAACCUUUGCCUCGUUGGAGUGAACAGUUCUGGUGUAGAGGUGAAUAUGCUAUGGGAUCUCUACGACAAAUGACAGUUUCAGUAAUAUAAGCAUUAUCAAAACGGCCUGUAAAACAUCGAGUCUGAAGCAAGCAGACCAGUGAUAAACACCAAGGACAUGAAUGAGGAUCCAGGCAGUCGGGCGUAUGAUAACACUCAAUCAAUCAGGGUGGACAAAACAACCUUAGCGCUACAACUGUCGUUAGCAAAUCCGGAACCAAGAUGGUGGAUAUCACUUCCGGCAUCACGCUGAGACCGAUUUACAGCCGUCUCAUCAGCGAGCGAGGGUCAACUAACAUACAGUCCGUCUCUGUCGCAAACCGCAGCACAAAGUAUGUGUCGGACAUUUGUACAACACUCAUCGACAUCCAGUGGCGUUGGAAUCUGUUGCUAUUCUUUGGGGGUUUCACAUUGACAUGGCUUAUCUUUGCCGCCUACUACUACCUACUGGCCUAUGUGCAUGGAGACUUAUUCAAAACCGACGAUGACUGGUUGCCCUGUGUUGAAAAUAUCCAAUCAUAUGCAUCGGCGUUUCUUUUCUCGAUUGAAACGAUGACAACGAUUGGUUAUGGGUAUCGCUACGUGACUGAAGCUUGUCCUGGGGCUUACUUAGGUGUCAUAGCACAGUCAAUACUUGGAGCAGCAUUACAGUUUGCAUUGGCCGGGCUCGUAGUUGCCAAAGUGAGACGAUCCAAGAAGAGAUCUGGCACGAUUCUUUUCAGCAAAGUGGCUUGUAUAUUUGCAGAGGAUCUCAAACUUCGGCUAGCAAUAAGACUUGGCGACAUGCGCAAGUCUCAUAUAAUAGGAGCACACGCACGUGGUUAUUUUAUCCUGAAAACCUUCUCUAAAACUGGUGAUAAGAUCCCUGUACAGUAUUUCAAUAUGGACUUCAGAUCAGAGGGAGGGGAUGAACGGCUUUUCCUGCCGUGGCCCACGUUUAUCGUCCACAACAUUAACGAAGAAUCCCCCUUGUAUAAUCUGUCUAGAGAUGAUGCCAUGCAGGAGAACUUUGAACUGAUAGUUGUCCUGGAAGCAGUAUCUUCAACAGUCAGCGCCUCGUUCCAAGUAAGGAAGUCCUACCACCCAUGGGAAAUUAAAUGGGGACAUAGAUUUCUUCCUCUAGAUGUCACAUACCAGGACAUGUUUGAUGAACAUAUCAUAGACUACGAACACUUCCAUGACACCAAGGCUGUUUCUACUCCCAUGGUGAGCGCCAAGGACAUUGAUGAGAUGACUGUGCAAGGGAACCUGUCACCGGAGAACCUUCAGAGAAGACGAGAUUCUAGAGCUGAGAGUGAUCUGUUCUUCAGACAGAAGACAGUCUCGGACACGUUCCUGGGUGCGGAGGAGGACCUGAGUGUGAGUGAGUUUUCCAUGUCAGACACCAUGUCAUUGCAGGAGAAGCUGAGGAGGAUAAGUACAGUUACUUACCACGGUCCAGGAACAUUCGAGAAGAGGAUGACGAUGAGAGAUGUGUUCAGAAGCCCUCCCAUAGCUUAUAACAGGACAAGGAGACACAGUACAGGGCAGUUUCUUGAUAGUAUAAUCCGAAAUCGUCGUCCCAGUCAUGAUUUGUCUUUAAGUCGUCGUCCAAGUCAAGAUUCAUCCAGUCGUAGACCUAGUCAAGAUCUGACUUUCAACCGUAGGACUAGUUGUUUCGAUUUUGUUCCGACUAGAAGACACUCCAACAUUUCGAUGAGUGGGGAAUCAAGUGAUUUGGCUUCUAUAGACGAGCAAGAAUACACAGAUGAGUUUAAGCUUCACGAAGAAAGUGGUCCGAGGUAUGUUAAAAGGAAAAAGGUGACUUUGAACACUACACCCAUCACCGAGACUUUGAGGAAGAGAAGUGAUCCUGGGAUGUCCUUCACAAGGCCUCAAUCUGUGUUGCACCAGAGAAGAAGACAUAGCACUUGGCAAUUUGCAGAACAGGAUUCUUUCAUUAGAAACUACCAGCAAAUCCAUCCCGAAUUGUAUCUAGGUCCACAUCUGGAGGUAGACGAAAGUGGGCACUCUGAUGAACCAGAUUCCGACCUUGGGGGUGCUGCUCAAGAGAAACCAAGUCUUGAUGCUGAUAAUAAUGUAAAUGCACUUGGAGAAGCAAAUAAAACCCGAGUCUCAUCAUCGAAUGAAGGGACCACAGUGGAAGAGUUAGGCGAUGACAGGAUCGUUAUAACAGGGUCUUUCAAAAAGAAAUAUAUUGUGGAGAAGGUACCUGAAAUUGUGAUAGACGAUGUUUCCACUUUAGCUGCGGAGGGGGCUGAUUUACAUACGACUAUGGGAGUUUCGGAAGAGGCUUUGCGGGAAGAAGCUGGGAAAGCAGAUGUGGUGGGAGACGACGUUGUGGAAGAAGACGAGGAAGAUAAAACGUGUCCAGAAUACGAGAAUACCCCAUCAUCUCCCGAGACAGAAACCACACUUACUGACGUGGUCAGCAACCCUGAUGAAGUAAACUUCGCCUAUGUGUAUGAUUCGGAAGACGACAUCGGCUACAGAGAAAACAUCUUGCCUGAGGAUGAAAUGGAGCAGAGUCAGAAUGUCAACUAUGGCUUUGAGUCGGACGAUGAGCUGGUGAUGGACGACAGGAAGGAUAAACUGGAUGAGGAAGAAAGGAAGGAAGGAUGAGAAGGGAGUAUCCAUCACUUACAUAAAGGAUAUGGUUGCUACUUACAAACAUGUAUUAGCUGCGUCCCCGUCAUAUCGAUACACCGAGCGUUCCUAACCACGCGAUAACCGAUACUGUGAUAUUUGAACUGUAAAGAAGCGAACGUUGACAUGCUUGUCAGCUACACGGAAAAGCAGACCUUGAGUCAGUUAUCAUUUAUUUUACAAAUGUGCUGUGAAAAAAUUUACCUGUGCUCAAAUAGAUGAACUGUGCUCACAUCUCCUGUAGAUAACAAGAACUGAAAAGCUUUCAAGAGUGGACAGUCCUUCACUGGUGUAUCCCCUGUGGGGUGGUCAAAACCUUCACUGCGCGCCCUGUGGUGAUUAGCGAUGGACUAUCUCCCCAGAGCCUCGUGCAUGUAGGUUCCGGCUAAAAGGGGGACUUGAUGGUCAGCUUCUCUGUGUGUUCGUUGUUUUUCGCCGCUCUCAGUUAUAUUCCACCAAUAUGACGGCGGUAUAUAAAUCAUCGCGUGUGCACCAGACAAUCCAGUGAUUGAUAUCAUAAGUAUUGAUCUACGCAAAUGGAAUACGAUGACAUACAUCAACCAAGUCAAGCCUGACCACCCGAUCCCGCUAGUCGCCUCUUACGACAAGCAUGGGUUGCUUGAGACCAAUUCUGACCCGGGUAUUCACGGGUUCAGCUUCUGUAUAUACCUUGGUACAGCGUGUCAUUAUGUCACGACGGCGUGGAACGUUGCCCGUGCUUUCACUCACAAAUUUCUUUGGUCCGGAUUUAAUUAUUUUUCAGCCUGUGUGAUAUAGCUCGAGUAUCGCUGUCUUUGGCGUUGAACAAAGUUUGCUCAUUCAUUCGCCUUCAACUAUGCGCGACCCGUGAAGAUUCCAGGGUGGAAUAGGUCUUUAGCAACCUAUGCUUCCCGUAAAAGGCGACUAAGCUUGCCGUAAAAGGCGACUAACGGCAUCGGGUGGUCAGGCUC